CAAUACUCUGAGCUUCCGAAGAAAUCUUUGUUGUUAAAUUCUGAUAUCUCUUACAACACCUUUCUUGGUCAAAUAAGUAGUGAUGUAAUCCAAGACGGAUUCAAAGGUGUGGAAUCUGUCUACAGUAAAUUCCCCAGACAUCAAUCAGGGGUUUAUUUUGGUUCACGACCUCUCCCACUCAAUGAUGAACCAACAUGGCGGCAUUUUAUACGAAAAGACAAGAUUACACUAUAGCCAAAGACGACAAAUUGUUAACAAAUGAACUCAUAAGUACCCUGAUAGGUCCAAAAAUUCAAGAAGAUGCUGACUAUAAAGUAAAACUCAUUAUCAUGUAUGUUCAUGAGUUGUUCCAGAUCUCUGUGUCAUACAAGAAUGCAUGGUGUGCACGGUUAUUAGCGAUCCAAUGAUUCUAUGGUACUUGGGAAGGGUCGUACAACAACUUGGCUCCUUUGCUCAGUGCAAUAAUGGGGCCGAACCAUGGAACUGUUGUUGAUUUGCAGACACAAUCAACCCUUUCACCAACUUCUUUUCAGUUCAGGCAUUCUAUGUGAUGUCCAUCGGCUAAGAGAAUGUCUAUAUGGAUUGAUUUUAAAGCAUUGAAAGCCAUUUCUCUCUCAUCCAGCGCUUCCAUCCUUGCGAUAUCAUCGUUUAUAUAUCCCCAAAAUUGUUCUAAAUACCCUAAUUUCUCAAUUUGGUGUUCCAAUCGCUUCAUUGAAUGAUUAGAUCUCGAGGUUUGGCAUUCCAAUUGCUACUCAUUUUGGUGUUCCAAUCAUUCCAGUUUUCCAUAUUCUUCUUCGUACAUGAGUAGAUGGCAUGGAUUUAGGUUUGAACUUUUCAUCCUCUUUUUGUGUUCUAAUCCUUCAAUUUUCUCAUUUAAAAAGACAAGAUUUCAAAAUUAUAUGCUAUAAUGAAUUGUGUUUGUUAGUUUUCAAACUGUUAUGCUUAAAGAAAUUGCAACGAGGCAUCAUUUAAGUUUUCUUUUUGUUUUGGGUUGUAUGAAUUUAUGAUUCAGUGUGCAUCAAAUUACACUCAUGAUGCAUUACUUCCAUGUUUUUAAAUCUUUACUUUAUACAAAGUAAAUUAUAUUAAAUAGACGGAAUGUAGUUUUCAUUAAACAGUAAUUGAUGACAUGAUGUUGAUUCUUCUUUUUUUAUUGGUUCUUUAUAACGCAAGAUGCAUAGGCUUGAAUAUCUUAUAAAUACUUUACAUUUUUUACGCAAAGCAGCCCAUAACGUUCAUAGUGACUUGAAAGUGUUUGGGAUCUUUUGUAUAUGACAGUAAAAAAUGUGCAUUAUGUGCUGUAAAAGAAUUGUACUAAAGAAAAUAGUGCUGCACGGUGAUGAUGAAUUUAAACACAGUAGUGAUGCAUUUACACCUAUAUGUAGUGCAAAAUAAAACUCUCAAGGUAAUAAGUAACAACAAGACAUUGUACUAAUCUAAGGUAAUCUAGUGAAUGUGGUAUUGGUUAUUUUGGUCAAAGUAUUGUCCCUAAGUACAUUUGAUCCAUGGGCAUAUAUACAAAUUAAAAUUAGACCAAAGCUGACUUUUAUUAUAGAUUUGUUCCCAGUGAUAUAACCAAAGGAGUGUUAUUGUGUUUGUGUAAGUCUCUCUCAAGGUUAGUUGGAUUGAGACAACUAGUUUUAUCGACUAUGCGCAACAUGAUGAUAACUAUGACAUGAUGUUAUUGGCCAUAGUAUCAUGCUCUAUAUGCAUAGUGUGGUUAAUUAGCUUUUUAUCUCAUGAGGUACAACUUCUAAAUGUUGAUGCAAAUAAUUAAUAGUUAUAAAUGCAAUGAUAUUCAGUAAAUGCUUUUUUUUCUGUGUCUGUGAUGCAUUAUAAAUGUGGUAGAUGUGCUUGUGAAUCAAUAAAGAGUUGGUGAUUGAAGCUCAGGUGCUUAUAUCAACAAAAGUUCAAACUAGAACUUACACAAGUUCAUCAUACAAGUGGAUGAUUAAGAAACAUCUUGUGAAGAAUCGUCCUAAACAAGAUCUUCCACAUACUGACCUUGAAGCGAGAGACGAAUAUGAGGACUAAGCUUGGGCUAUGAAGAAAAGAAGAAAAUAGAUAGAUAUACACCCGAGGCGAAAUAUGUUGUUGCAUUAUUUAUGUCAUGUUUUGCUUGACUCAACUAGAUUAUAAAAUGGGAUUGUUUAUUUUUAUGUUUAUAGUUACCAUCACUUCCUUUUAUCCGAUCCCACCUUGAAAAAAUUGGCUUCACAGAAUUCACAGUCACGCUUCUAGAUGAUACCCAUGUGCUGCUACACUUCACAAAGGAUGAAGACUUCAUGAGGUGCUUCAAGAGAUAUGAAUGGAAACUUGGUAGCUUUGCUAUGAAGAUAUCGAAGUGGACGCCAAACUUUGACCCAAGGUAUGAAUCCCCUUUACUUCCCAUCUGUGUGGCUAUAAAAAACCUCCCCAUCCAUUUGCAUGAUAGCAAAUCCCUCCUGGAUAUUGCUCAAGUUUUUGGCAAGCCCAUAAAACUUGAUGCUACCACUGAAAAUUUUGGCCGUCCUUCCCUUGCAAGAGUUUGUGUUGAGGUGGAUAUCUCACUGCCACAAAUUACCAAAUUUUGUGUGCAAAAUGGAGAUAUCCCACUGUUUCUCAAUGCCUACUAUGAAAAUGUUCCACAUUUUUGCCAUGAGUGCAGAGGUGUUGGAAGACACAAUCUUGGCUGCAAUUUGUUUCCAUCCCCAACACCCUUAAACCAAGCUUCUGUUCAAAAAAAACCAGCUCCAUCGCCCAAAAAUCCAGCUCCUGUACCCAAAAAUCCAGCUCCUGUAUCCAAAAAUUCAGCUCAUCCACCUGACCGGAACUUCCUGCCGGAAAAAACUGCAGAGAGAUUCCACUACAAAGCCAUUAACAAAGUGACAACGGGUGGUAGCUCUCAGGAUGGAAAAUGGACAAGCACCCAGGAGGAAACACAACUCAUUUUCUACAACCACUUCCAAAACCUCUACCAACAUGUUCCUACCAUGCCCAAUGAUACUUUCAUCAACAAUGUUCCUACCCUCAUCACCCCUGAAGAUAAUUUCCUCCUAUCCAAACUCCCACAAGAAGAUGAAGUAAAAGCAGCUGUCUGGUCCCUCAAUUCAGAUAGUGCAGCAGGACCAGAUGGCUACAAUGGGCACUUCUACAAACAUUGUUGGAAAUGGAUUAGAGAGGAUGUCACUAAGGCCACACAGGAAUUUUUCCUAGGGAUCAAAAUGCCUAAGCAGAUGGCCCUAUCAACAAUAAUCCUCAUACCUAAAAAGGAAAACCCCUCCCAUUGUGAAGAUUUUAGACCCAUCUGUCUUUCCAAUUUUGCAGCUAAAAUCAUUCCCAAAAUCAUUGCAACAAGACUAGGGAUCAUUUUACCCAAGCUUAUCUCAAUGGAACAGGGGGGUUUUGUCAAAGGAAGGUCCAUCAAUGAACAAGUGCUUAUUGCUCAUGAAAUGAUCCAUGGCAUUAACCAUAACACAAGAGGAGUAAUGGAUAGAUUUGGCUUUGAUAAAAAGUUCCAGUCACUAAUUCACAACACCCUUCAAGCCACUUUACUGUCCAUCUCUCUCAAUGGGCAUUCUACUAAACCUUUCAAAACUGGAAGGGGGCUCAAACAGGGAGACCCCCUAUCCCCUCUGCUGUUCAUCCUAGCAGCUGAAGGUUUCAGUAGAACACUCAAUUCACACAUGAACUCUGGAAAACUUGAACCUUACAGAAUGGGUAGGAACCACAUGCACAUCCAUCACCUUGCCUAUGCAGAGGACCUCAUUGUCUUUCUAAAUGGAGGAAAGCAAAACCUAACCAGAUUCACAAACUUCCUAAAAAGUUAUGAGGAAACCUCUGGACAGAUGGUUAACCUUCAGAAGUGCAAUUUCUACAACCCCUGUCUAGUGAAGACUCAACUUGGCAUUCACUUCACGAAUGCAACUUCAGCAAGGAGAUUUGGAAUCAUUUUGAGGAACUAUUUGGAAUCCACAGAAGUGUAAACCACGGCAUACGCAGCUUUCUACUAAAUUGGUGGAACCAAAUUAACAAAAACGCAAAAGAUUACCACCUUAAAGUUGUGUUACCUGGUUUCAUAACCCACGCUAUCUGGAAAGAAAGAAACCUUCGCAUCUACAAUGAGGAAACACAGACACCUGCCCAAAUCAUCCACCAAAUUACUCGGCAGAUAUACGAAUACAGUGCAAUCAAUGGG